AACAUGUAUUGGAUAACAACCGCCGUUAAAUCUCAACGAAGAAGAAGUUGUGUAACGUUAUCAACGACGAGGACUGACGGAGAAAGUAAAAACAAAGCGAAACUUACCAUUUUUUGUAAAGCAUGUCUGUAAAACAUGCCAUCAGCCGUGGGGUGGAGUUGGGACGGUCGGUUAUCCAGCUAGGUCUCAAACCUGCUGGUCGACUUGCAGCAAAGUUCCGAGGUGAGCGUCUUCGUGUAGGCCAACCGGCCCGCACCGUUCAGCCUCAGACUUUCCUGCCAGUUCGGUACCGAUAUUUCCGCAUGUCGUUGAGGGGUCUUGCAGCACAGCUGCAGUCCGGUGGUUUCAGGAGGUUUGGGGGCAGCGGCUCGCCAAGAAACAGAGCAGUGUUUUUGGCUUUCGGUCUCGGUGUGGGGUUGAUCGAAAAACAGCUCGAUGAUGAUCGAAGGAGUGCUGCGACAUGCCAGGAAAUCCAGGCUGUGUUUACCAAGAAGAAGUACUGCAGUCCACUCAAGUGCUUCACCUCGGGCUACAAGCUGGAGGACUACGUUAUUGGGAAGCAGAUAGGAAAAGGCUCCAACGCUGCAGUGUAUGAAGCUGUGGCACCAUCAUCUGUGCCCAGGGACAGGGAGAGUGACCGGUGUUCCCUAAAUGACCAGCCCAGUGAAGAUGGAGAGGUGGCCACUGGGUCUCUGAGGAGCCCCUCCAGCUCUCUGGGCAUCUAUCCUCUAGCUGUCAAGAUGAUGUGGAACUUUGGGGCUGGUUCAUCAAGCGAGGCUAUUCUGAGAUCCAUGUCCCAGGAGCUGGUCCCUGCAGGCCCUCUUGCCAUGAAACAGGAAAAAGAGGAACAGAUUGCACUAAAUGGGUAUUUUGGGGAAGUGCCCAAGAGGGUUUCUGCCCACCCCAAUGUGAUCAGGGUGUUCCGGGCAUUCACAGCGGACGUACCCCUUCUACCCGGUGCCCAGGAGGAGUACCCUGAUGUCCUGCCAGCCAGACUCAACCCUGAUGGCCUGGGCAACAACCGUACUCUGUUCCUGGUCAUGAAGAAUUACCCAUGCACCCUGCGUCAGUACCUGGAGGUGAACGUGCCCAGCAGGAGAGAGGGCUCUCUGAUGGUGCUGCAACUGCUAGAGGGGGUCGACCACCUGUACAGACAGGGCAUCGCUCACAGGGACCUUAAAUCAGACAACGUGCUCCUGGAGUUUGACUCAGAGGGCUGCCCCCGCCUGGUAAUAACAGACUUCGGCUGCUGUUUGGCUCAGAGUGACUCUAGUCUCCAACUACCCUUCAACACUAUGUGGGUGAACAGAGGAGGCAACUCCUGCCUGAUGGCACCUGAGGUUGUCACUGCAGUUCCUGGGCAGGGUGUGGUUAUCAAUUACAGCAAGGCAGAUGCAUGGGCUGUCGGGACCAUUUCUUAUGAGAUAUUUGGCCAGGCCAACCCGUUCUAUGGAGCAGGUGGACUGGACAGCAGGAAUUUCCAGGACGUCCAGCUUCCUGCCCUGCCUGCCUGUGUAUCUGCUGACAUGCAACUUGUCGUCAAGCUGCUUCUGCGUAGGAACCCCAAUAAGCGCCCCAGUGCCAGAGUGGCUGCCAACAUGCUGCAUCUGAGCCUCUGGGGAAGGUGUGCCCUUGCCAAUAAGGACAGCGCUGGUAUGAAGAAGCUAGCUGAUUGGCUGCUGUGCCAGUCUGCUGUGGUGCUCCUGAGGGGCUGCGGCCCCAGUGGGAGCUCGGUGGAGGCGGAGCUACAGAGGUGCUUCCUGUCUAACCUGGACCUGGAAGACCUCCGAUUGGCUGUCAGCUUCCUCAUGUACGGACGAGAACAGGGCAGAGCCAGCAUCAUGUCGCUUUAGGUCCUCUCAGUCUAACCCAGAGACAUAUAUGUGUAACUCUGGUCUAACCCGUUGAGUUUGAAUGUAGGUGAAUGUAGUGCCAGGGAUGGAAAAUGGAAUAAAAGAUGUCACUGUGAAUUUGUGGGAACCCACCAAUAUAAAAUCAAAAUAGUUUCUCUCCCCAUUUCCACCCCUGUCUAUAGAGCUUUCAGGAAACAUAUAAGCACUUUUUAAUUAAUGCUAAGACUAGACUCCAUAUGUUAGGGGGUUGAAUUUUAUUUGGGGAAUUUUUGCACUUUAUGUCCAGUUUGGACCUGGUCAAUGACAUGCUUGAGGUUUACCCCUUUGUUUGGUUUGUGUAUUUUCCAAAUCAUCACAUCUUACCUGAGUUACACCACUACGGUCUCAUAUAGACUAUUCCAUAGCCUCUAUGAGUGUGUUUUUGACUAAGACCAUGAGGUAGUCAAUGUAUUUACUGUAUGUCAAGGAUGAUAUGAUAAAGCAUCUAAAUAUCUCCAGAUGGUUAUGUAGCAGAAUAUUAGUUCAGAUUUAAUAGCAAUACCAGAUCACUGUACUUCACAUUUUGAGUUAAGUCCUUUAUUUAAAUCAAAUGAAAGUCCAUGCAUGCAAAAAUUGAUUCAUGGGACAUUUUAGAAUAUAGUCCUAUAAAAAAUUACAGAAUGAGUUUUGUCUCUGACAACAAACACUUUGUGAAGCUACAUUUUUAAUUGUGAGAAUGUUUUUAAUAAACACUGGAUGUAGUGUAAAAGACAUCCAAAGAUUAUAAUAAAGUGUUAGUGUUUGAACUUGGUGUUUCCUUGAGUCCCUAGCGUUGAUAGCAAAAUAAUAAUGUAUUUCAUUAUCUAGCAAAGAUUGUACGCUGAUAAAUAAAAUGCAUUUCCCAUCA